UUUACUUGUUGCAGAAGGUAGAUGAAAAUGAAGAAGGUGCUGAGUGUAUACGGCGGCGUUUUGAGGCUAGUGAGGCUUUUACCGGCGGACACGAGGCCGUAUUACGCCAAGUACGCCAGGGAGAAUUUCGUUAAUUACCGUGAAGUCGACCAAAGCGAAACAUCCCUCGACGAACUCUUCCAACGAGCUUACAAUCACACACUUUGGGUACUCAAGAAGUAUUCCAUUGACGAAUCCGCCGCGAAGAAGUUGAAAGAGAUUUGUUUUGAAUGAUGGAUGACGCACACAAUGUGUUCGACGUUAUGUCCCUGAGAAUUAAUGUUCCUUGGACGAUUUGUUAAAUGGGUGCAAUCAGUUUUUCUACUUUUGAUAUCAGUCUGAUCUGUAACUCUAGUAGCUAUAUCAAGAACAGAGGUUGCUCAUGUGUCUUUUUCUUUCCGUUUUGUUGUCUUGACUUUAUGUGUUUGACUGCUGAAUUGGUCAUUUGUCUUGUUUGUUUCCAUGUUCCUGAAUAAAACGUUACACUCUUAGACUCGAAAA